AUGGACCCGGCCCCGGAGAUGAAGAGGAAUAGGUUCCCCAGCAUGAACUUUGAAGCAGAGAUUCUGACAACUCCACAUGAUAAUUCAGAGCUGUAUGUGAUCCCUUCCAUGAGAAGUCUGACGGCUGAGGAAUAUGUAGAAGCCUUUCAGUCAUUUUUGGACCAUUCAACAGAGCACCAGUGCAUGGACGAGUUCAACAAGGAAGAAUUGCCCAACAUCAUGGCUGGUCUCGGCAAUGGAAAAUCAACUAUAAACGUUCUGGGAGUUGGAAGCGGCACAGGUGAACAGGAUCUAAAAAUGAUCAGGAUACUGCAGGCUGCGCACCCGGGGGUCCUGAUUGACAACGAAAUCAUAGAGCCCAACCCACAGCACGUGGCAGCUUACAAAGAGUUGGUGAAUCAAGCUCCAGACCUGCAGAAAGUCUCUUUUCUUUGGCACCAGCUCACUUCCUCGGAGUACGAACAACAGGUGAAAGAGAAAGGCACACAUAAGAAAUUCGACUUCAUCCAUAUGAUCCAGAUGCUGUACCGUGUGGAAGAUAUUCACAGUACUCUCAAGUUUUUCCACAGCUGCCUCGACCAUCAUGGUAAACUCCUGAUCAUAAUUUUAUCAGACAGUAGUGGAUGGGCCAGCUUAUGGAAGAAGUACAGGCACUGCUUGCCUCCCCCCGACAGUGGCCACUACAUCACCUCCAGCAGCAUCACGGAUGUUUUAAAGAGACUGGGUGUUGAGUACCGCGUUUAUGAGUUCCCGUCGGGCUGGGAUAUCACCGAGUGCUUCAUCGAGGGGGACGCUGUUGGAGGCCACAUGAUGGAUUUCCUGACGGGGACAAAAGACUUCCUGGGCACGGCGCCCCCGGGGCUGCGGCAGCGGCUGCAGGAAGCUCUCUGCCAGCCCGAGUGCAGCAGCAAAAAGGAUGGGAGGAUCAUCUUCAGCAACAACCUGAGCAUGGUCGUGGUUGAAUCCUAG